AUGAAAAUCCUCACUGUUAUACUAGCUAUUGUUACAAUAUCCAUCUUAAUCUCUAUCAUUGAUGCUGUUGGUAGCAAACAAUUCUUAACAAAUUUAUUCCCAGGUUGGCAUUUUAAAUCAUUUUUAGAACCCAAACGACAAGAAUCAUUAUUUAAUAAAUACAUAAAAUUAAGAAAAGUAUUUUCAACAUCUGAAAAUAAUCUGCUGAAACAAAAAGAAAACGAUGAGGAUAAUUAUGCACGGACAUAUAUUCGUCGUAAAGUGAUUGGUAUUGCCGAUAACCCAUUUUAA